AUGGUCGUCCAGUCUAAAAACAAAAAUAGUUUCAUAAAAAACACGUUGAAGGAGUUGAACAAGCAGGUGAAAGAAGAAAAACGAGCUGAACCACGGUACAAGGUGGUGUUUGUGAUAAAUAUUGAUUUGAGGAUGUCAAAUGGUAAGGUUAUUUCACAAUGUAUGCAUGCGUACGAUGAGUUACUGGAAAAGACGAGAAGUACGCCAUUUCUAGCACAGACGUACGCCUUGUGGAAGGCAGAAGGAGCAGCAAAGAUCACGUUGAAGGGAACCAGAAGCAAAAUGAGUCAAAUUGCAGAGGCUGCUUCUAAAACAGGAAUAAACCACUCUGAGGUGAUUGAUGGUGGUAGAACUGAAGUGAAGAGUGGUUCGAUGACUGUGGUUGCAGUUGGACCAGGCCUGUGUGAGGACAUUGAUAGGGUAACAGGUGGGCUACCAAUUUAUUGA